AGGACGGUUUUUGCGCCCUUCGUCUGGUCUUCGGUUCCCGCAAUAUGCAAUGCAAAUUGACGCACAAGUCCUCCAGUAAGGUGCCGUACCUCAGGCUUCGCAUUGAUCACUCUAUCCUGGUAUGCUUCUUCAGAACAUUCCAUCAGAGCUUGUUCUAAUCCAGUAGUAUUGAAAAUGAAAGUGUCCUCAUGACCUUGACGUGUGGAAUCCAAGGCCUUCCGAAGACCUUGAAGGUACAGGUACUCAAUCCUCAGAGGAUAAAAGGGCGAUGGGGUGUCGCUGCUUUCCGAACGAAGCCGCCCAACUAUUAUCUUCAACAUGGCUGACAAGCUUCUCCACGGCCAGUACAUCAUCACCUCUGUGGCAGACAAUGAAAACCUUGGCGUUUCUAAUAUACCGCCUAUUCCUAUUUUUCCCCCGCCUCCCAUUCCAGUCAUAGUCCUCCCCGAUGGAGUUCUGCCUCCCAGGGUAAUUCUCAUCUUGUGCGUUGUUUAUCAGAACCUGGUUGACCUUGGUUUGGUCAGUUUACGAUCGAGCCGGUCAAUGGAGGGAACAACACAUACGUUAUCCUUCUCGAGAAAAGGAACACCCGCGGCCAACGAGCGUGUCUUUGCCGUUGAAAACGAACCUGCCGAGGAGUGGAUUAUCACCUACAGUGAGCCUCAGAAUGCAUACACCAUCGAAAGGAGGGGUGAACCUCUUGGAUGGACUGCUCCGCCGCGCGAUGAGCCCCUUCCUGAGCGUCAGAUCUUUCUCCGCCCUUUAAUUGUUCAACCAUCCGAACCCCCUCGAUUCCUCCCUUCGCAGCUGUUCAGAUUGACACCUGUACCUCGGGAGUGAUGUGAGCAAGGUAACUUUGUAGUCGUGUCUGAAGUGUAACGAUUGUAACAAUGCGUGUCCUGUAUGAUCUAAAGAAUGUUGUGUGAUGUCACUUCACCGUUCUUUGAG